AUGGCUUCAAACGCCAGAUAUGAACCUGCUCCUCAGCGGGAUUCCUUCGAGGAGCAACGUCAGUUUACCCAGCCCCCGCCUUCUUAUCAGGCAACCGAUUUUGAGGGCGCGCCUCGCACCGAAGAUGACAACGUCCCUGAUGAUUUCAAGUUCGGCGGUACGGUUGCGGAGGGCACUUUGCCCAUCCGUAUGCAGUUUGUUCGCAAGGUCUACUCUAUAUUGACUGUCCAGCUCCUUCUUACGACGAUCAUGAGCGCCAUUUCCUUCUUCAGUCCUAGCUACCGCACCUGGAUCCAGUCCAACUACUGGCUGAUGAUGGUUUCGGUCUUUGGCGCCCUGGGCUUCAUGUUCGUCACCUACUGGAAGCGCAAGUCCUACCCAGCCAAUCUGCUCUUCUUGACUUGCUUCACCCUACUCGAAGCCUACUCCAUCAGCGUGGUGACUUCCUUCUACGACGCCCGGAUCGUGCUGCAGGCUCUCGUCUUGACCGUCGGGAUCUUUGUCGCGCUCACCCUCUUCGCGUGCCAAACCAAGUACGACUUCACCAGCUGGAUGCCCUAUCUGUUUGGGGGGCUCUGGUUCUUGAUUUUGUUUGGUUUCAUGGCCGCGUUUGUCCCCUUUGGUUCCACCACGGAACUGGUCUACGGCGCGAUUGCGGCCUUGGUGUUUUCUGGCUACAUCCUGGUGGACACUCAGCUUAUCAUGCGCCAUUAUCAUGUCGAAGAGGAGAUUGCGGCUUCCAUCUCGCUCUACCUGGACAUUCUCAACCUGUUCUUGGCUAUUCUCCGUAUUCUGAACAGCCAGAGCAACAAUUGA